UAUAUAUAUAUAUAUAUAUAUAUAUAUAUAUAUAAUGGAGAUAUGUACAGAAGGAUCACAAUAAUAACAGUGCAGUGGGAUGCUGAUUUUAAUGAUUAAUAGCUACUGUAAAAAGUGGUGACAUUACCUCAAGUGUACGAAGAUCUAAUCGGUUUUCAGCAGACACUCUCAGAUACAACAGCACAAUUGAAAUUCAAUUACUUUUCUUGUGAUUAUUCAUAUGAAAAUGAUAAGAAAUGAGUAAUAUAUAUAUAUAUAUAUAUAUAUAUAUAUAUAUAUAUAUAUAUAUAUAUAUAUAUAUAUAUAUAUAUAUAUAUAUAUAUCACCAUUUGCGCAGCCUUGAUUUGCGGCCAUCGUCCCACCAAUUUGCGCAGGUGGUCUUGCCAAUUGCGCACCUCGCCCCCCCCACCACUUAGUGCCGUCUCCCGCGUAAAUUUAGAUUUCUACGUAGUAUUGGUAAACAUGUCCAUGGUGGUGAUGAAGUUGGCGGUGGUGAUGAAGGUGGUGGUGGUGACGAAGGUGAUAAAGGUGGUGGUAGUGGAGAUGAAGGUGGUGGCGGUGAUAAAGGUGUUGGGGGUUAUGAAUGUGGUGGUGGUGAUCAAGGUUGUGGUGGUGAUGCAAGAAGUGUUGGUGGUGAAGGUGGUGGUGGUGGUGAUGAAGGUGGUGGCAGUGAUGAAGGUGAUGGUGGUGGUGAUAAUAGUGGUUGUGGUGAUGAAGGUGGCGAUGGUGGUGAUGCAGGUGGUGGUGGUGGUGGUGACAGUGGUAGUUGUGACGAAGGUGGUGGUAUACGGUGAUGAAGUCACCAUCCCCUCUACUUUCACUACCACCACCACCAUGCAUUUUCAUCACCACUACCACUAUCAUCACCACAACUUUCAUCACUACCCCACAUUCAUCACCACCACUUCUUUCAUCACCAUCACAACUUUCAUCACUACACAACAUUCAUCACCACCACUUCUUCCAUCACCAUCACAACUUUCAUCACUACCCCACAUUCAUCACCAUCACUUCUUCCAUCACCAUCACAACUUUCAUCACUACCCCACAUUCAUCACCACCACUUCUUCCAUCACCAUCACAACUUUCAUCACUACCCCACAUUCAUCACCAUCACUUCUUCCAUCACUACACAACAUUCAUCACCACCACUUCUUCCAUCACCACCACAACUUUCAUCACUACCCCACAUUCAUCACCAUCACUUCUUCCAUCACCAUCACAACUUUCAUCACUACACAACAUUCAUCACCACCACUUCUUCCAUCACCACCACAACUUUCAUCACUACCCCACAUUCAUCACCAUCACUUCUUCCAUCACCAUCACAACUUUCAUCACUACCCCACAUUCAUCACCACCACUUCUUCCAUCACCAUCACAACUUUCAUCACUACCCCACAUUCAUCACCAUCACUUCUUCCAUCACCACCACAACUUUCAUCACUACCCCACAUUCAUCACCACCACUUCUUUCAUCACCAUCACAACUUUCAUCACUACCCCACAUUCAUCACCACCACUUCUUUCAUCACCACCACAACUUUCAUCACUACCCCACAUUCAUCACCACCACUUCUUUCAUCACCAUCACAACUUUCAUCACUACCCCACAUUCAUCACCACCACUUCUUUCAUCACCACCACAACUUUCAUCACUACCCCACAUUCAUCACCACCACAACUUUCAUCACAACCCCACAUUCAUCACCACCACUUCUUUCAUCACACAACUUUCAUCACUACCCCACAUUCAUCACCACCACUUCUUUCAUCACCACCACAACUUUCAUCACUACACAACAUUCAUCACCACCACUUCUUUCAUCACCACCACAACUUUCAUCACUACACAACAUUCAUCACCACCACUUCUUUCAUCACCAUCACAACUUUCAUCACUACCCCACAUUCAUCACCACCACUUCUUUCAUCACCACAACUUUCAUCACUACCCCACAUUCAUCACCACCACUUCUUUCAUCACCACCACAACUUUCAUCACUACCCCACAUUCAUCACCACCACUUCUUUCAUCACCACCACAACUUUCAUCACUACCCCACAUUCAUCACAACCCCACAUUCAUCACCACCACAACUUUCAUCACUACCCCACAUUCAUCACCACCACUUCUUCCCUCACCACCACAACUUUCAUCACUACCCCACAUUCAUCACCACCACUUCUUCCCUCACCACCACAACUUUCAUCACUACCCCACAUUCAUCACAACUCCACAUUCAUCACCACCACUUCUUUCAUCACCAUCACAACUUUCAUCACUACCCCACAUUCAUCACCACCACUUCUUUCAUCACCAUCACAACUUUCAUCACUACCCCACAUUCAUCACCACCACUUCUUUCAUCACUACCCCACAUUCAUCACCAUCACUUCUUUCAUCACUACCCCACAUUCAUCACCACCACUUCUUUCAUCACUACCCCACAUUCAUCACCACCACUUCUUUCAUCACCAUCACAACUUUCAUCACUACACAACAUUCAUCACCACCACUUCUUCCAUCACCAUCACAACUUUCAUCACUACACAACAUUCAUCACCACCUCGCCUUCAUCAUCACCACCACCACCUCUUUCCUCACCACCACCAUCAGCACCACCUUCAUCACCACUACCGACCUUGAAACCAGCUGGCUAGCCGCUAGUGAAGAACACUGCCAACGUACACAACAUGUCGUUUCCCGCCAUUGCCCGAUCGCCUCUCCUGGUCUCGUGGUGACUGCGAUUACUCGAUGUUUUCUGCCUCACCUUCCCACCACCAUCAUGGCUUUUUUUUUAUUUAUUUAUUUUUUUUUUUUUUUUUGCUGGUAGGGGGGUUUUGGGGCCGUGACCAUAUGUAUUUUUCCCCAUAAGUUAUUAAGUUCGCCAUUUGCGCCUUCGCCAUUUACGCACCUUCAGACCGCCCAUAUGGGCAUAAACGGUGAGGUUUUACUGAAGAAAUAUUAACACCUUGAACAGCUUGCAGGAAGAGGUGGUGAAGGCGAGCAGUGUCGAUCAAAUGAAGGAAAGGCUGGAUGAAAGUAGAUAUGAAGACGGGACUAUUAGAGUUUAGCUCGGGCCCUGUAGACUACAAAUAGGUAUAUACAAAUAGGUAAAUACACACACACACACACACACACACACACACACACACACACACACACACACCCUAAGGUAACCAAAAAGGAUGUUGGUAAAAAGGAGUGGUUGAUGAGAGGCAGCUAGAAAGAGAAAGGAGGAAGCUUGGAAGGGAUGGAGGAGACGAAGAAGAAUCAACUCGUGGAACAAUUACAAACAAGCAAGGAAUGAAUAUACAAAGAUUAGAAGAGAAGAAAAAUGGAAAUAUGAAAAAGAUAUAAUCGACAAGUGCAAAGA